AUGACCGCCCUAGAGUCUGCAGCCCAGGGAGGUCAUUUGCCGUGUGUGCGAUAUCUCCUGGGACACGGUGCUACUGUGACUCCCCAAAACUCUCAUUCUUCGGCACUAAAGCGAGCCUCGGCCGGGGGCAUUCCCGACGUAGUGGAUACCCUUUUGCAAGCAGGGGCAGGGUCAAAUGAUGACAAUGCCCUCCAUGCAGCAGCAUUUGGGGGUCAUCUGGAAAUUUUCAAUCGACUGGUGGAUACCGGCGCCGACAUCGAUGCAAGUCACGAGUACGAGAACAGCUUCCGAGCAGGACAUCUCACAGCUCUACAGGAAGCAGCACGCGGAGGGCAUCUGAAUGUGGUUGACACACUUAUACGGAAAGGUGCCGAUGUGAAUGCGCUACCUCGAGGCAUGACCGCACUGCAAGCAGCGGUCGCCAGUAAUUCCCCAGAAGUGGUGAGGUAUCUGAUUGCCGUGGGUGCCAAUAUCAAUGCUCCCGCUGAAAAAUGGGGUCGCACUGCUCUCCAGAAAGCAGCCGAGAUAGGUAGCAUAGAGAUGGUGAACAUGCUUCUUGAUGCAGGGGCAGUAAUGGAAAGGUCGGCACACCAGAAUGGGCGAGACGCACCCGCACUGGAGUUAGCGAUCAAAGGUGGACAUCUUAGCGUGGCGGAGACCCUUCUUCGGAAGAUGGAUAGAGCGGGAGAACAAGAGCAGAAGUAUCUCUGUGACCCCUUAACCCUGGCGUUGCAUGCAGCCGCCUUCGAGGGCUACGAACACAUUGUUCGCCGUUUAUUGGAAGCUGGAGCACCGAUAUUGGAUCUAGACAACUCAGACCUGGUCCCUCGUACUGCGUUCAAAGGACACACUGGGAUUAUUAAAAUACUUCUUGAUGCUGGAGCGGAGAUGGAUUCCUCCCGACAUUCUCCAUACUCCGGAACCGCUUUGCAAAGAGCCGUGGCUGGUGGCCACGUGGAAACCGCUCGCUUGCUUCUUGAGUAUGGGGCCGACGUAAACGCUGCCCCAGCGAGAGUCAAAUCGCCUUUGCAUCUCGCGUGUCGAAAUGGAGAUGUAAUCAUGGCACGUAUGCUAUUGGAUGCGCGAGCGAACUUUCGCGCGGUGUCCUACUCUGGGAAAACAGUGCGCAGAUCGGCCGAGAAAGGUGGCAGCGUCGAAAUACUGCAAUUGCUCAACAUGAGGGAGGCUCUAGAGCCUUCCGACGGGAACAAAACAGAGAUACUUGACGUGUCCACUAUAGCCAAAAGGGGACUAUGUUCAACCUGUUCAGGAUUACCCCUAGAGGUAUUCACUAGUCCAAGGUGGUUACGACGCUAUCAUUCCAAUGCCUUCUGUUUCCACCCAUCGCUGGUAUCCCUCGAAAAAAGUGCUCGAGGUGGGUGCCCUUUUUGCCUCUUUUUCUGGAAACGGUUGGGCAUCAACAUAAUAUCGAUUCCUCAACCCAGCAAAGUCCGUUUAUUCUACGGCAGGAGGUCCACCGACGACGUGGCCAAGAUGUUGAGUCAGAUAGACGAACCAUAUCCCAAAGAUAUUGAAAGACCGCGAAGUGAACGCGCAGACUUCCAAGCCUGUGUAGAACCUUUUGACGGAAAGGUCAAAGCACUCCCAGGCAAUACCCAGUCUGCCGAGACGUACCAGCAAAUUGUGACCUGGCUCCAACAAUGCAUCAAGGACCAUCACGCAUGUACCGUAGGCUCCAAUGGUCGUUUCUUGCCUACCAGGCUGAUUGACCUGACGGACUGGGGGCGCGGGAAAGUCGUGAAACUCGUUGAAAGCAAUAGCAUUCAUCGCGACCAAUCCAUCCCCUCGCAGGACGGCCAGUCGUCCAAGAUGGUUCGUGCAGUGAAAACCCAACCAUCAUGGGUCGGUCUGCUCGGGCAAGGUCCGUUACAAAGUCGCGGCUGGUGCCUGCAGGAGCGGGAACUGUCGCCACGAGUAUUACACUACACUCCGUCGCAAGUUCUCUGGGAGUGUCGCGCAUUCAAAGCAUCGGAAGGCUGGCCUGAGAGGGAUAUCUCCAGCACUGGAUGCUCAUGA